GGGCAUCUCUGCGCUGUAGUCCCGCCUCCAUCUUUGAAACGUCGCCAGCGCCAAACUCUAGUUCUGGUACAGGGACGGCGUCGGUAAAAUGACCCCUGGUACCGAAGAGCCCAUCUGGAGGAGAGUGGUAUCGGUCAGUGGAGUGAUCCCCCGGUCCAGACACGGUCACCGAGCAGUAGCCAUCCGGGAGCUGAUCAUUGUUUUCGGCGGAGGAAACGAGGGGAUAGCGGAGGACCUCCAUGUAUACAACACUGUGUCAAAACAGUGGUUCCUCCCAGCAGUGAGAGGUGACAUCCCUCCUGGCUGCGCGGCUCAUGGCUUUGUUUGUGAUGGGGCUCGAAUUCUCGUAUUUGGUGGAAUGGUUGAAUUUGGAAAGUACUCAAACAGCCUAUAUGAACUACAAGCAAGUCGCUGGUUAUGGAAGAAGCUGAAGCCUAGAGCACCAAAGACUGGAUCUCCCCCCUGCGCUCGCAUUGGUCACAGCUUUACUCUUGUAGGAAACAAAUGUUAUCUUUUUGGAGGAUUGGCAAAUGACAGCGAGGACCCCAAUGGAAACAUACCCCGAUACUUGGGAGACUUGUUCGAGCUAGAGUUACAGUCAGUAUCGGGAGCGAGAGGCUGGAGCAUCCCAGAGACAAAAGGAGGAGGUCCUUCUCCCCGAGAGUCCCACACGGCAGUGGUUUACACUGGGCUGGGUUCCCCAAAACUCUACGUGUUUGGGGGCAUGCAAGGCUCGCGAUUAGAUGACCUCUGGCAACUAGACCUUGAUGCAAUGGUGUGGUCAAUGCCUGAAACCAGAGGCUGCAGACCAUUUCCCAGAAGCCUCCACACAGCCAACGUCAUCGGAAAUAAGAUGUAUGUGUUUGGAGGCUGGGUGCCAAUACCAGAGACUGAGAGAGAAAAGGCCAUUGGAACAGAAUGGAUUUGCACUAAUUCUUUGAGUGUCCUCAAUUUGGACACGUUGAGCUGGCAGGAUCUGGGUCCGGAGCUACCCGAGAAUGUAGAGUCUCAGAUGGAGAGCCAGGGUCCUCAGGUGGAGGACCCUUAUGCUGUCCGGCCCCGAGCCCGAGCGGGACACUGUGCUGUGACUGUGGGUUCCCGGCUGUACAUGUGGAGUGGGCGGGACGGAUACAGGAAGAGCUGGAGCUAUCAGGUCUGCUGCAAGGACCUGUGGUAUCUAGAGACGGCUCUUCCUUCUACUCCAGAGCCAGUACUGCUCAUCAAGUCCACAGUGAACUUGCUGCAUGUGGCCUGGCGCCCCCUAGCUGCAGCAGACUGCUACCUCCUCCAGAUUCACCCAGUGAGUUCUUCCAGCAAUGGAGUAAUUCAAAACCAGGAUUCAAGUAAAAUACAAGACACGAAGGAGGAAGAUGCCGCUGGCAACAAAGGUCAGGCUCAAAAAGAAGACACUACCAAUAAAGGGGAAAAUUCAUGCACAAAGGAAAAAGAACAGCCAGAUGGAGGAGGUUCAAAUACCAAACACAAUACUGAUAAGGAGACAUCUACUGCUGGUGACUCAGCUCAGUCCAGAGCUGAAAAAAAUGAACAGUCUAAACAGCCAGACACCGGUACAUGGUUUGAUGUUGGUGUCUUUAAAACACUUUUCUCUGAGGUCAAUCACUUUUAUCUCUCACCUGAAAACGACCUGAGGAGAGUCCCAGGACCUCAGGACUAUCAGGGCCGUGAAAGGGAGCAGCUGUUGCCUGGACAGAGCUACAGGUUCAGAGUGGCCGGGCUCAACAAAUUUGGAGCCGGAGACUUUAGUUCAGUCAGCGAGUUCAAGACCUGCCAGCCGGGGUUUCCUGGAGCUCCUUCAGCCGUCAAAAUCACUAAGCUCAAUGACACAGUGCACAUUGCCUGGGAUGCGCCCUCCUCUCCAUCGGGGAAGAUCAUAGAGUACUCCAUGUACCUGGCGGUGAAAAAGAGCCGACCAGGCUCCAGCUCUGAGCGCCCGGGGCAGAUGGGCUUUAUCCGGAUCUACAGAGGCACAAAGACAUCCUGCUCCGUCAGCUCAUCCCACCUGGAAAACGCACACAUCGACUGCUCCCAGACAAACCGCCCUGCCGUGGUGUUCAGGAUUGCAGCCAAGAACGAACAGGGCUACGGGCCAGCCACUCAGAUACGCUGGAUACAAGUUCCCACUAAAAUGCAAAGCUCCACAUCCAAAGCAGACAGCAGUACAGCGGACCAUGAUGCAGCAGACAGCUCAGGUUGAAGAUAUUUGGUACUGUAUUUUAGACUCAGGAAGUGGGCUGAAUGCCACCCUAAAGUUGUACAAUAUAAUAGUUUUGUUA